GGCAUUUUGCUGCGUCACCAGCCGCCGCCCGGCCUCACCACCCCCUCGCUCGCACGCACGCACGCACGCACGCACGCACGCACGUUCCUCCUCCAUCCCCGCGCUCCUUUUCCUACACUUUCCUCUUCUCCCCGGCUGGAGGAGCCGCUCUCCCCGCGCAGUGCAUUCUGGGCACCCGGGUCGAGCCCGCCGUCGCCUGAGGGAAGCCAGGAGAGGCCGCGAUCGGGAGAAAACGCCGGAGCCGCCGCCGGAGAGGAAUCGACUCCUUAGUAGCUGCCGCCGGAGAGGCCCGCCCACCCGCUCGCGCGUCCCCCUGCCCCGUUCAUAAUGCAGCCUGCUUCUGCAAAGUGGUACGAUCGAAGGGACUAUGUCUUCAUUGAGUUUUGUGUUGAAGACAGUAAAGAUGUUAAUGUAAAUUUUGAAAAAUCUAAACUUACAUUCAGUUGUCUCGGAGGAAGUGAUAAUUUUAAGCAUUUAAAUGAAAUUGAUCUUUUUCACUGUAUUGAUCCAAAUGAUUCCAAGCAUAAAAGAACGGACAGGUCAAUUUUAUGUUGUUUGCGAAAAGGAGAAUCUGGUCAGUCAUGGCCAAGGUUAACAAAAGAAAGGGCAAAGCUUAAUUGGCUUAGUGUGGACUUCAAUAAUUGGAAAGACUGGGAAGAUGAUUCAGAUGAAGACAUGUCUAAUUUUGAUCGUUUCUCUGAGGAUUCACAAGACAGUGAUGAUGAAAAAAUGCCUGAUCUGGAGUAAGGAAUAUUGUUACAGCAUUUGAGAAAGAAAAAUACUUCUGCAAGAUUUCAUAACAGAAUUCCUGAGUUGAUAGCUCUAAAGGCAGAUACUGUAUUUGCCUCCUUAACCCAUUUUUCAACCUGUUUGUUUUUUUAAAGGCUUCACUAAGGGUUGAUAAUGUACCAUUGUAUGGGGCAAUUUUAAGUCAGCUAAGGCAAUAACCUUAUGCAUGAACAUUUCCCAGAUUUCCAUGAUACUGUUGAGGUCCUAGGCAAUUGAUACUACAAUUGUGAUAAUAAAAAAAACAUUUCACCUAAGUCUCCUUUACUUCAUAACAUAGAUAGAUAACUGACACAGUAGGAAACUUAGGGAAAGAUAACUAAAUUUUAGAAUUUAGAACAUGAAUUCAGAGUGACUGAAACAAAAUGGUUGAUACCAAAAUCUGGUAACCUCCUGUUCUGCUGGUAUAUCCUUCAAGAUUAUUCCACUACUAAAGUUUUAUUUAAAAAAAAAAAAAAAUUUACUUCACAUUAUUGUAUGUAAGUGAUCACUUGUCAGUGUUCCAGAUGUAUCUUAGCUAAAACUAGUGAAUGCCCUAACUUAGAUGGUUUAUGAAGCCUAUACAUUUGGUAUUGUUUGACCCUUAAACUUUUACAUCUCUUUGCACGGAGGACAGAGAGGCUGUACAUUGCUUGAGAGUCUGUACAUUUAGACCAAAUUUGUAUUUGCACUGUCACUAUGGCAAAUGAUUGACAAAAAUGUUAAUACACUAUUGGAUUUUUCUUUCUUUUCUGAUUCAGCUUGUACUUGGGCUGAAAACCUCAACUUAUGUUCAUGACAGUGGGAUUUUUUUUUUUAUGUCUACAUUCUUUCUAAUAAACUGUUGGAAGAUUUCUUGGCUGUUCGUUUAAGUGUCUGGUAACUUCAUGUGUUGCCUUUGACAAGAAGAGUUUGCAUUUUUACUUGGGAGAAUUUGGGAAUGUUUUUCUGUUUGGUCAAUGGGGUUUGCUGUAAUGUCACAGGAAACCCUUUGAAAGUGGAUCUGUAAUAGAAAAUUGUAGAUGCACUUUGCAGCGGUUGGAAAAAGAAAAGUUGUGAUUUGAUUGAAAUAAAAGUUAAUUGUGUUGUCCUCCUAAA